UGAGUGGUAUUUAUUCAAAGCCAGCUCAUUAUAGGACACAGAACUCCCUGGGUAGGAGUGGAAGCCUUCUUAACUCAGAAAGAACCUUCCAACACAAGUAUCUCAAAGAAAAUGAGCACCAAGGGCAAAGUUAUUAAAUGCAAAGCAGCCAUCGCCUGGGAAGCAGGCAAGCCCCUCUGCAUUGAGGAGGUUGAAGUAGCUCCCCCAAAGGCUCAUGAAGUUCGAAUUAAGAUCAUUGCUACUUCUCUGUGCCAUACUGAUGCCACUGUUAUCGAUUCUAAAUUUGAGGGCCUAUCCUUCCCCGUGAUCGUUGGCCAUGAGGCUGCAGGGAUUGUGGAAAGUAUUGGGCCAGAAGUGACCAACUUCAAACCAGGUGACAAAGUAAUUCCACUUUAUGCACCUCGAUGUAGAAAAUGCAAGUUUUGUCUGAGUCCACUCACAAAUCUUUGUGGAAAAAUCAGUAAUCUUAAAAGUCCUGCUACAGAUCAACAACUAAUGGAAGACAAAACCAGCAGGUUUACCUGCAAAGGAAAACCAGUUUAUCAUUUCUUGGGAGUCAGUACAUUCUCUCAGUACACUGUGGUGUCAGAUAUUAAUCUUGUCAAAAUAGAUGAUGAUGCAAAUUUAGAGAGAGUUUGUCUUCUUGGAUGUGGUUUUUCAACUGGCUAUGGGGCUGCAAUCAACAAUGCCAAGGUCACCCCUGGCUCGACUUGUGCUGUCUUUGGCCUAGGAGGCGUGGGUCUUUCUGCUGUAAUUGGUUGUAAAAUGGCAGGAGCUUCCAGGAUCAUAGGUGUUGACAUCAACAGUGAGAAGUUUGCAAAGGCUAAAGCCCUGGGAGCCACUGAAUGCCUCAAUCCUAGAGACCUACAUAAACCCGUCCAGGAGGUUAUCAUUGAAUUGACCAAGGGAGGUGUGGAUUUUGCCCUUGACUGUGCUGGUGGAUCUGAAACCAUGAAAGCAGCCCUGGACUGUACAAUUGCAGGCUGGGGAACAUGUACUUUCAUUGGGGUAGCUGCUGGCAGCAAAGGAUUGACUAUUUUUCCAGAGGAGCUAAUAAUCGGCCGUACUAUAAAUGGAACAUUCUUUGGUGGUUGGAAAAGUGAUUCUAUCCCAAAGCUGGUCACCGACUAUAAAAAUAAGAAAUUCAAUCUGGAUGAAUUGGUGACCCACACCCUGCCUUUUGACAAACUCAGUGAGGCAUUUGACCUAAUGAACCAAGGAAAAAGCAUCCGAACAAUCCUGACCUUUUGAAGAUGCCAGGAGCAACUUGGAUACUGUCUGAUUGAUUGCAAGCCUGUCUGGUUAAUUAAUUAUCUGAUUUGAUGAACCAAGGAAAGCCAUGAGUUUAAACAAAUAUUUACAUUUUAUAUGGCAAAAAAAAGAGCUUUAAAUAUUAUAGCUUUUGUACUCAUUACAUGUUAAUAUUACCUAUGUUAAAUAAUAACUAGUGUUUAUUAAUAGAAUCAUAUAAUCUUAGAAAUUGUUUAAAAUUAGUUCUGUGAAGGUGAAAGUGGGGAUUGAAGAGAUAAUAAAUAAAACUAGAUUGGCCAUAUGUGUAUAAUUUUUUUAGAUUGGGUAAUUAAUACAUGGAGUUUCAUUAUA